GGUGAGAGCAUACAGGAGUGAACUGAGCUGCUCUGAAGAUGCACCUAUGCACAAGAGACUGCAGACAUGGACCUUGGGCUCAAUUCAUCGGGGAGUUUCGGCAGAGGAGGGAUUUGUUAUUGGCUGUCUCUGCACCUCAAGGAUAACAUUUCCGUCCUUUUGAUUGGCUGCCUCACUGCUGCAAGAUUCUAAGCGUCUUAUUUUGAUGAUGAAUAUGAAGGCGCGCUAAGCCGGCUGGAGCCCGUCUCAGAGGCUGCGCUGGUAGCGACCCCGGCCCACGCUUCCUCCGCUACUGCCUGUGCCAACAACCCCCCAAAAGUUGGGAUGCUUUUCUUUACCCAGUGCUUUGGGGCUGUGUUGGAUCUCAUUCACCUCCGAUUUCAGCACUACAAAGCUAAACGGGUCUUCUCAGCUGCUGGCCAGCUCGUGUGUGUCGUCAACCCCACGCACAACCUGAAGUAUGUGUCCAGCCGACGCGCCGUCGCUCAGAGCUCCGCAGAACAAGGCAGCUUCCACCCGCACCACCUCCCUCACCACCACUGCCACCACAGCCACCGCAGCCGCCUGGGCCACCAUGCCCAUCCCCGCCACCCCCAUUGCCAGGAGGCAGAGCUGCACGGCACUCAGGUGACCCCCUGCAUGUGCCCACUGUUCUCCUGCCAGUGGGAGGGCCACCUGGAAGUGGUGGUGCCCCACCUGCGGCAGACGCACAGGGUUGACAUCCUCCAGGGGGCAGAAAUCGUCUUCCUGGCCAUGGACAUGCACCUCCCCGCGCCAGCCGACUGGAUCAUCAUGCACUCCUACCUCGGCCACCACUUUCUGCUGGUGCUCAGGAAGCAGGAGCGGCACGAAGGCCACCCCCAGUUCUUUGCCACCAUGAUGCUGAUCGGGACCCCCACCCAGGCUGACUGCUUCACCUAUCGUCUGGAGCUCAACAGAAACCACCGGCGUCUCAAAUGGGAGGCCACCCCGCGGUCUGUCCUGGAGUGCGUGGACUCGGUCAUCACCGAUGGGGACUGCCUCGUCCUCAACACCUCGCUGGCCCAGCUCUUCUCUGACAAUGGCAGCUUGGCCAUUGGAAUCGCUAUCAGUGCCACGGAGGUCCACGCCUCAGAAGCUGAAAUGUGAGCCCACGGUUCCCCGGGCGCUCACUCCCAGCUACAGCUACCCGGAACGGUGCCUGUGUGCCACGGACCUCUGGAGACCAGACUCCUCUCUGUGCUCUUUCUUCUUCCUUUGCACCGUCCUGUCUUUCUUCCUUUUUCCUUUUUUUUUUUUAAUUUUUUUUGUCUCAGGUACUUUGUGGUAUUUAGUAUUUGUCUGCCAUAGGAAUUAUAUUAUGUAAACAUACUGUGAUUUAAGAUUUUGGCGUGAUGUCUGUCCUGUUUUGUUGGUACAGUUUACAGUGUGUUUGUAAGAUCCCGAUGGAAUAGUUAUUUCCCACCACCGCAAUUCCUGUUUCCACUGCUUCCAAAAGACGCAAAUACCACCAUGACCAUGAAGCAGACCACUGGGGUUGAAUAGAAACUUGACGUCCAAAUGUUUUUCACCUUUUCUUUUCAGUCUAUUUCAGAGAAACCUUCACCUGCCACUUUUGGGAAGGGCACCCAACCAACCCAGAGACACAUCAUGUUUCAGACCAACUAGACAUGACGCUCCCACGAUCCUAGGGGUCAAAGCUAAGCUUCGGGGACAUGGGACCACAGCGUCCCCUGCCACCAAGGGAGAAGGCUAGAGGCACACUUUAGGCAUGGCUACUCUGGGUUGAUCCCUGGCUGGGGAGGGUGGUCAGAAGCACAGUGCUCUUUUCUAGGCUGCAGUCACCCAAUUCUCUGGCCAUGUUAUCCCAUUUUGGUUUGAAAUUAAAACGUUGAAGUUCUUGCUGUUUUUGAAACCCCUUCUGCCCUCUGUUGAGCAAAUAGGAUAGGCAAGAUGGAGGAGAAGAGAAACAAUGAAAAAGCAAGCAUACAAUUAGUCUCCCACCUCUGGGAGUGCAUUCCCGCCUCAGAAGACUUUGUAAAUUUAUAAAUUACAAAUCUACAAAUGCUCUUGCUGGAGUAAUGCACUUUUGUAUCAGGCAAAGGAUUCUCUCUGUUCUUAAUGCUUCUUAAAGGAGAGCCACGGCUUGGCAUCAGACACCAAACCCCACAGAGAAGAACCAGGACCUUGGACCUAGACACCUGGUCCUGACAUCAGCACUCUGUAGCUCGCCUUCCUUCCCUUACUCUCUAGCGUGCUCUGGGGCCCUGGGCAGCACAGAGACACUGCUAUUCUGGAACAUAAGGAAGCCACAGAGUCUGCCUUACCUUACUUGGUUGUUAGCCUCUUAAGAAAGCCCCGCCACCCCCACCAUCUGCUAGAGGAAAGGCUGUUUAUCCGCUGUCCUUCCAUUCAAAUUGGGCACCUGUAAGCCUUUCUGACCUAAACUCUCCUCCUUUCUGUGCAUCUGGACAUUCCUUCCCACCUCUCUCCAGGUGCUGUGGGACAUGGCUCCCAAACCUAGCUCAGGGCUCACUAGGGCUGAAUGGGCCCUUUGCCAGCUCAUUCUCUCUCAGGCACACUGGCUGUGCUGGAAGAACUCCAACUGAGCACUUAGUUUCAGGCAGAUUGCCCUAACUGCCCAUCAGCAAUCUUUUCUCCACUAAAAAUAAUUCAUCCUAAAACACAACACCCUUCCCCCAAAACUGGGAAAUCCUUCAGCCACUUUUGCUGACAAUCUGUACCCCAAGUAUCACAAAGAAGGUGCCAGUUCGUAGAGGAUUCAAAACCCCAAUUGUCUUGACUCACCCAGUAACUGCUGGUAACCUGAGCUGAAGAGUCCUCCCAUCAAAGCCCUGGGAAGGACAACCUGCUCACAGAUCACUGUAAAAAUCAAGCUGUAGGGUCUCAAGAAAAGGGCUAUGUCCUGAUGUCCCCACCAUGCCCCUCACCUCCAACCCAGGAUAGCCCAGGCCUGAAACUAGUAGAUCAUCCCUGGGAAACAAUUGCAUGGCUCCUUGUUUUAUUCCGGUCCUUACCUAUGACCCAGGACCUCCCUUACUAUUGAUGUGAUGCCUCUCAAAGCCACUGUUCCUCUCCUGGUUUCUGAUAAUUGGGAAACAUUUGUGUAGCAUCACAGGUGCCCCCAGGUCAACAAACACAUGGACCUCAAGGAGAACACAGUUAAUGCAUACAGGUCUCAAUACCACCUUUAACUUUUACUGUUCCAAGUUGCCUGGGCCAAACCAGGAGUGACUUCAGGUUGCUGCUUUGCACACAGGGCUGUUAUGAAUAAAGAGAUUCCAGGUUCAGACUUUUGUAUGGUUCCUAGAAACCAUUAGAAUAAAGGCUAGGAAAUGUGUCACUUUCCUCUGACUGGUGCUCCCAGAAAGGCUUUUCUACAUGUACACUCACAUGUGAGGAAUUGAAGCAAAAGGAACAAACUGCCAACAGGGAAGCAGGAAUGGAAAAUGACAAGAACAAAGUGGUGUACUCCUCCUGAAGGGCUCUCUCAUUGAGUUCCGGGACCCGGUUGUCUUCGUUUGUGGCAAGGCACUAGCUGUACUGAUAUUUGUGCUUGUAUUUUACAAGAGGAAUAUUUACAUUUUAGAAGUCCUAAAGAGACGGUAGCACUUAACAGUGAGAAAAGAGUUGCUCAUAAUUGAAACAGUAGCUGUGAUCCCUGUUUGGUCAAGAGGUCUAUACAGAGGAGCAUGCCCCACCUUGAGUUUGAACCUACACAAAUGACGGUGGUGAAAUGGAGGUCAGACCACACAGUGAAGACUAACAGUGAGUACGUACAUCAGGCUGUACCUGGGAUACACUCCACUGUGCCUGUGACUACUGCGGACACUUGGAAAUGGAUUAAGAUAAUCGUGACAAUAGUACUCACAGCUGCCACUGAGUGCAAGUUUGCUUCUUGACCCAGGGAGUUAAAUACUUUGAGCAUAUUAUCCCAUAUCAUCCUCAAAACAACCAUAUGGAGCUGAUGCUAUUUAUUGUACCCAUGUUACAGAUGAGAAGCAAAGAGGGGUGAGAGGACUUGGUUCAAGGCACACAGUUAGCAAUAGUAGAACUGGUUCCGUCACGCAGCCUUCUGACCAACAUCAGCCAUGCUCUUUCUAUGAGCUCAUGGACCUUACAUCCAUAAAGUUGGAAUGACACGGAAACUUUUUAAUAGUCAAUGUAUCCGCUCAUUUCUUUUUCUGUCCUUUUAUCUAAGCUGAUAGCUGGCUUGUAUUCCGGUUGUUGAAGUUUUUAGGAAGUUUGUAGGUCAGUUAUUAAUUAUAGCCAAUUAUUAACUUAUAUAAUCUAACAGUUGAAUAAAUUAUAUUUAAAGCAAGGACAAUGUUCAAAACUCAUCACUUCCUGAAUAUCUCACCACUUUUUAUUUCCUGUGCUCCUGAGGCUAUAUGUAUCGUCUCUGUAGGAUGGACAUGCUGCACAAUGCUAGCUCAUCUUCAGCACCACACUUAGUGACUGCAUCGUGAUAGCUUGAUUGAGCCACAGUGGAGGGAUUUAUACCAUGGACAUUAGCAAGUGCUAAGACAAGCCAGGACAUUGAGCCCAAGGAAGCUGCUCAUUAAGCCUUCACAGCAUAGCACUGCCCAGACAUUGCUGACAGGCACAGCAGGAUGUAAGGAGAAGCAAGCCCCCUGUGACGGAGGAUGAUGAAAGUCAAGCAGCAAAUUACAGGGAAAACACAGCUGUCUUGGAGAAAAGACUCUCAGGCUUCUAGGCAGCUUCAAGAGAAUUUUCUACCAAAUAGCAACCCCCACUCUACCCAGACCCUUCUGUGUUGCUGUGGGGAAUCAUAUUUCAUGGCUUUCAUGAAGAAUUGCCCACGAAACUAGCUCAUUGGCAAUCCCAAACGAAAGGCAAAAACAAGUUCUAUGAAACUGAAAUCUCUCAUCAUUUUUUUUCUCAUAGGUAGACCCCUUCCUCCUUCCUUACAGGUAGACCAAAAUCUAAUUAAGAGAAAUGCUUUACUUUGAAAUUAGAGAUUGGGAGCAUCUAGUGUCCAAAAACUACACAGUAAGCAAUGGUUUCAAAAAUCACAUAAGAUUUUUUUUUUUUUUACCACAUUGUAAGAUGUGAGAUCUUGACACAUCAUGAGGCAGAGGGGCAGAGAAGGUGCUGAGAAAAGGGCUGUUACAUGAAGGAUGGAACCCAGCACCUUCCUUUCUUGCUUUGGCUAUUACACUUCAUUGAAACCCAACAAGUUCCCUGUCAGGUCCUGGUUCCUCCUGGGACAAAGUCACAGGACCCUGCAGGUUAAGUGCUUGGAAACAGAUGGCUUCUCCAAAGUCAAGUCAGUCAGUAACUUAUUCCAGUGGUUUUCAAUUAAGGGACAGCAGAAGCAAGGCUUAGUAAGGCUGCAACUUGAAUCCAGUAGCUUCUUAUGGAAGGGGAGGGGGCCAUAGGCUGGACAUUAAAGUUUGACUUUGAUUAAAGUAUUGCCAAAAAACAUCAACAGUGAGUGAAGUCUCCUAGUCAGAUUCCCCAGUUUCAGGUUAUUGGUUCUGAAGAUGUCUUUCAACAGUCAGCUGGAGAAGAAUCAAUGUAGGGAGAUCCAAAAUUUCUAUGUAGAUGAGCACUGAGUCCCCCAAUGUCAGGUCAUCAUGUUAUGUGAAAAUAUUUCACUUUGAGUGUACAAUAAACAUUCCAUGUCCUUUUUGAGCUUUGUUUUGGGGCAUAGAGAUAAGAAAAAAAAGUCAAAAGGCAUUUGUCUCCCCUGGAUUGACAUGUACAGAAUUUUCUAAGUUUUCUGAAGAUGUUAAAGACAAGAAGUAGCAAGCUGAGAUGCUACUUGAUCUCUACCCCAUCUCCCAUGGAAAAUGUCAUUAAAUUGCCUUUUAUAUUGUUCCUUUGAA